AUGGCUUCGCGUGCAUACGGUCUCAAGGUGGUUUGGCCUCCGCCAGAGAAAAGCGUCUCGGAAGGACCGGCGCUUGAUAUCGUGGCAAUUCACGGACUUGACACCCGCUCCCCGCACACCUGGGAAGCCUGGGAGACGGAAGGAGACCAACAAAGUCGCACUGUCAAUUGGCUCAGUGACGAUGACAUGCUACCAAAUGUUGUCAAGAACGCUCGGAUCAUGACUUACGAUUAUGAUGCCGGCUACCAUCACGACGCACCCUUAUCAACGAUCGAGAGUCAAGCCGACUCUUUGCUAAAAAUACUGCCUUUUGAUCGUAAAAAUGAUCACGCUGAGGACCGACCACUUUUAUUUAUAGCAUCAUGUUUUGGUGGCCUGGUUCUGAUUAAAGCUAUGAAUCUAGCUUCUGUCAAUACCUCGCAGCAUCAGUUGAUCAUUUCCGCUGUCAGGGGCGUCGUCUUUCUUGGAACACCGCUUCGAGGAACUCCAGCCGCCAGACUCACGAGAUGGAAAACGUACGUGUCUACCAUCAUGGGAGAGGUCACUUCAAAUACCCUUAUCCGCGAUCUGGAACAAAAUAACCCUCAGAUUGAAGAGAUGGUUCAAAGUUUUACUGUGUUGGCCAACGAAUCUCGAAUACCACUUCACUGCUUUUACGAAUCGAAGAAAACGCCGGUACUGAAAAAAAUGGGGUUGCUAAGCUCCAUCUCUCAAAUCAUGAUUGUUGACAAAUAUUCUGCAACUCUUGAGGGUGUCCGCGGAACAGAGCUGUGUGUCAAACAUUCUUCAAUGAAUAAAUUCCGUGGUCCAUUGGACGUCAGCUUUCAGCUGGUGGCAAUGGUUAUCUCCAGGUUCGCAGACAACACCAGAGUCAGAUCCCUCACUCAGCAAAAGGACGACUCUUGGAUGACAGAUUGUAAACGUGAUCUCUACGAGGUAGUCCCAUACUACGAGAAUCAAGAGGAAGAAGUGUAUCAGUGGGCCCCUGGUACUUGCCAAUGGAUUAUAGGCCACCAGAAAUUCACAGACUGGAUCACACCCGAAUCUUCGUCGCUGCUCUGGGUGACCGGGAAUCCAGGCUGUGGGAAGACUGUUCUCACAAAGUUCCUGGCUCAGAAGUUCCUGAAUCGGGAAAUCAUUCAAUCGAGUCCUUACUUCGUGUGCCCUUUCUUUUUCAAGAAAGGCUUACUGGACCAGGAAAGAGCGCAUAAAGCAUUAUCUUCGUUUUUGCAUAGGCUAAUAAGCCGAAGGCCAGAAAGCGCACCACUCCACCUUCAUGAUGAAUACAAAUCAAAAGGCAAAAAGCUUUUCGAGGACGUCAAGGCGAUGUGGAGUCUGCUUCUCGAAACGUCCAAAACAAUUGGACCAACUUUGCUCUUGAUAGAUGCUCUAGACGAAUGCGAUGAUAAGUCGAAAAGGGUAUUCAUGGAGUGUCUUGUUUCAACAUUCUCAGUAACAAGACCGGGAACCAGGAAUACAGGACGGCUCAAAGUCCUUGUGACUAGUCGACCCGAGAAUGAUAUCCAAAGAGCCUUUCAUUCUUUCCAGGAACUUCGGAUCCGAAGAGAGGAUCAAAUGGACGAGAUACAGAAGGAUAUCAAAAUUGUGAUCGAAAAUGAAAUUAAUGGGCUCAGGGAGCUAGGCGCAGAAAUCUGCCAAUACCUGAACGCUGCCCUUCAGCAUCGUAUAUCAGACGGAUCGUUCCUCCUCGUGCACAUCAUUUUCGAAAAGCUUCGCGGACUUGACCUCAAGAAUAUGAGGACUGUUCAAGCUAUCGUUGAGGGGAGUAAUCAAGAUCUUGACGGCCAAUAUGACCAAGUUCUGCAACAAUCCGAAAACCUUGCUCUCAGAAAAAGGUUGUUUGAGAUUAUUGUGACAGCAAAGACCGCUUUGACGGUGGAUGAGAUCAACAUAGCUCUCAACAUCGAGCCAUGGUGUCGCAAAUUUGAUGACAUUGAUCCGUUCAAGGGUGAUGUUGAAGGGGCGGUGAAAGCCAUCGGUGGCUUUAUGGUGCGAAUGAGCAAGGGCCGCGUUUAUCUGGUGCAUGAGACUGCUCGUUCAUAUCUACUACGAAAUCUUCAUCAGCAGGAGAAAUCGCCGGAAUCUUUCCGCAUUGCCAACCAACAACGCCACGGUGCAAUGUACAGGAGAUGCAUUCUGUAUCUUGGACUUGAAGAUUGGCCUCCAUCCCAAGUCGACUACCUGAAAGUCAUGGAGGCGGAGGUGUAUCAAGACAUGCUCAGGUUAAUGCAUCAUAUCCUGUGGUCGGUUUCUGACGUGACCCAAAGACAGUGGGUCGAAUUGAAGCUGAAACCCGGAGCCUUCGAAUUCUUUGUAUAUGCAAAAACAUACUGGCAACACCAUUUCGAAGAAAGUGAAGCAUUUCCUUCUGACGAUAGUCUGAGGAAUGGGAACACAAGCAUACUGAACAUUGCAUGUCUAUUCGGACGUGCAGACCUAGUACAACUGCUGCUUCCCCUGGAAAAGCAAAAUGGCCAAGAAAAUCAAAUCCCGACGCUACUUCUUGCAGCAUUCAUGUCAGGAAAUACCGAGACGGUAGAAACACUUCUUGAUUAUGGUGUCGACGCAAGCGAAGCCAAGUUCAUUCACUUUACGCCUUCUCCAUAUAGGCAACGGGAUGACUUAGGAAUUUUCCGUUGGUUCUUGCUUCAAUUAGAAUCAUGGGCCUUGGUGCACUUGUGCCUGAGCCGAUGGAGCCGCUGGCCCCAUUUUGAGUCUAUUGAAUUCUCACUGUCAUCAGCAACCAUUUUGAGCUAUCAAGGCAUGACAGAUUUGUUGAGAUAUGACACGCACGAUGUCCAUCACGAAAAUCGAAAGUUGCAUCUGGACCUGGUGUUAGCUGCCAUGGGCAAUGCUACGGUAGUGCCGUUUGGCUUUAAUCCAGACCAGCUGCUUCCAAGUGAGGCGGCUUUCAAUUGUACGGCAACAAGUUUACUUGCAAUGGCGACCCUCAACGAUGUUGAUUGGAUCUGUCAAGAACUUAUCAAUCAGAAUGUCUCGUUGAUCAACUUUGAAUAUUCUUCUCAGCUCCUGUGGCAUGCUAUUCGUCACCACAACAUCGGCCUCCUUGAAAGACUGCGUAUAGCAGGAGUCAGCCUCACCAUUCCAGUUCACAACAACAGCAGUGCAUUGCACUUAUGUGCUACUCCUAAACGACUAGAUAUACUCAUUUGGCUGCUUGAGAAUAUGGAUGACUACAAUGAACCAGACAGUAACGGGAGGACGGCACUGCAUGUGGCAUCCAGGAAUGGACAUCUCGGGAUUGUGGAGAAAAUACUGGAACGGAGAGAAAGGUGCAACCUUGAUUCAGUCGAUACUUCUCAACAAACACCACUCCUUGACGCGAUUCACAACAGAAAUUUUCAUGUUGCUCGGUGUCUGAUGCAUAGGGGCGCUUCUGUAUACUAUGUCCCAGAGACAGGUAGCAGUGCGCUUCAUGCAAUCCUAUACGCUUACUACCUUCCUGCGACCCGUCAGCUUUUUGACCAGAUUCUCAGUAGCUAUCGCUAUCAAGAAGAAUCCAUGAAGAACAUUGGCAAAGCGCUCGUACAGGCGGCUAUCAGCUCCAGCAUCCCGAUGAACAAUCUCAUUACCGCUAUCGCUCGCAGUUUCUCAAGUACUUCAAGCCGGGAGGGAUUCUACCAUGAGAUCAUGUCAAACAAGGAGCUGUUGCUUGCAAUGCGGUCAUCUCGAAGAUUGUCAUUUGGACAUUGUUCUCCAGAAACUAUUCCCCUCGAAGCAUUGUCCCAUGAAUCGUUUACAUUCAUAAUUUGGUUCCAUGUGAGACGAGAGAGAACUGUAUCUGGUGGAAAUAUGCUCCACUGGGCCGUUCAAUGUGUGAAGCAAUUCGCUUCGGAUCAGACCGGCGCUUUAUUGUACGAUGUUAUUAACGCUCUCAUCGAUGGCAAUGUUCAACUCAACACCAUGGAUGAUCAGGCGCGCAAUCCUAUCGCUCUCUGUCAAGAAUUGAGGAGAAUUGAAGACUCUCAAGCUUUGAUUAAUAUGUCGCAAGCUCUGGCCAGUCAUACAAGUGUGGUUGAGAUCAGAGGGGAAGACUUUGACAUGGAGUUCGAAUCAUAUGUGUUUGGAGAUGCAAAUGAGGUCGGAAGUGAAUCUGAGAGCAAUUUUGAAGAAGGUUCUGAGGGUGACCAAGACAGCGAGGGGGAGGCAAUCAGAGAACCUGACCGUGAUUUUGAGCCAUUUUUUGGAUUCGGGGACACAGAAGGACACCGAUUGCGCCAGGAGUGA